AUGGCUGAUGAGGAUGUUCAACCUAUCGUGUGCGAUAACGGCACUGGAAUGGUCAAGGCUGGUUUUGCCGGUGAUGAUGCACCCAGGGCUGUCUUUCCUAGCAUUGUAGGAAGGCCACGCCAUACCGGUGUCAUGGUUGGUAUGGGCCAAAAGGAUGCCUAUGUGGGCGAUGAAGCUCAAGCAAAGAGAGGUAUCCUGACUUUGAAGUACCCCAUUGAACAUGGCAUUGUCAACAACUGGGAUGACAUGGAGAAAAUAUGGCAUCACACGUUCUACAACGAGCUCCGUGUCGCACCAGAGGAUCAUCCUGUGUUGCUGACUGAGGCCCCUCUCAACCCCAAGGCCAACAGAGAGAAAAUGACCCAGAUCAUGUUCGAAACCUUCAGUUGCCCAGCAAUGUAUGUCGCAAUCCAGGCCGUUCUGUCCUUGUAUGCCAGCGGUCGAACAACUGGUAUUGUGCUCGACUCUGGUGAUGGUGUGAGCCACACUGUUCCAAUCUAUGAGGGAUACACGCUUCCUCAUGCUAUCCUUCGUUUGGACCUUGCUGGCCGUGACCUCACGGAUAAUCUAAUGAAGAUCCUCACAGAAAGAGGGUACUCCCUCACAACAACCGCUGAGCGGGAAAUUGUCAGAGACAUAAAGGAGAAGCUUGCUUACGUGGCCCUUGAUUAUGAGCAGGAGCUGGAAACGGCUAGGAGCAGCUCCUCUGUGGAGAAGAGCUAUGAGAUGCCUGAUGGUCAGGUUAUAACAAUUGGUUCAGAAAGGUUCAGGUGCCCUGAGGUGCUAUUCCAGCCAUCUCAUGUUGGUAUGGAAGUUCCUGGUAUACACGAAGCGACAUACAAUUCCAUCAUGAAGUGUGAUGUUGAUAUCAGAAAGGAUCUGUAUGGUAAUGUUGUUCUCAGUGGAGGUUCUACCAUGUUUCCUGGAAUUGCUGAUCGCAUGAGCAAGGAGAUCACGGCCCUUGCUCCUAGCAGUAUGAAGGUUAAAGUUAUUGCACCACCUGAAAGGAAAUACAGUGUCUGGAUCGGUGGCUCUAUUUUGGCCUCUCUUAGCACUUUCCAGCAGGUUAGUAUAUUUCCCCCUCUCAGUGGAAGUUGCAUAUACAUUACUCCUAUCUUUGCUCAACAAUUUUUUAUAGCGCUCUUCGGGGUAAUUUUUUCUCAGCAUGUUCAACUUUCAAUUGACUUAGAAUCCUUAUUCAUGAUCCACUUUCAGUUUGGGUUGGUAGGGUAUGCAUUAACUAUUUUAGAGAAUUCAAUCUGA